UAGUGUAGGGACUAAUAUGUAAGAAGGUAGUGAGAUAAAAGUAUACUAGAGAAAGAGAUUGUGGGUGAUCGAUCCAGAAAUAUCUACAUGGUAUCCGAGCCAGGUUCGCUACAGUAGUGAGGAAGACAAUCGGUGGUCGGCGGCGCGGAGCUGCUGCAACGGUGGUACGGCGCUGAGCAGAAGAGGGAGGCAGCUCAGUAUUGCAGUAGUGCGUGUGGGCGCGCCCAGUGGAGCUCUCAGAUCAGGAGGUGCUCGCAGUUUAGUGGUGGUUGAUUUGGUCGCAUAAUUCAAAGGAGCCGAGCUUGAGUAGCAGCUUUCACAUCUGCGGAAGAAGCAGCAGCAGAAGUAGUUCUCUUGGCAGGCUAAGCUGCUCCUGUUGAGGCAACCAUCAGCCAGCACGUGUGUGGCAAAGAGGUGAUUCGGUUUGAAGGAAGCACUAGCAGGUGGCGCACUGAGUAGAGGGGCGUGUGAUUUGAGGAACUGGGAAGCCUGAUUUGUGGUGGCUGAGAGAGAGAUUGAGGGGAGUGGUGUUCAGAUUGGAGGAUUGGAGGUGGUUGUGAAACUCUGUGUGGUGCUGUUGGGCUACAAAGGAGCAGAGAGGAAGUGGUGCUGUGAGUGGCAGUGAAGUGCUUGUUUGUGUGUGGGGCUGCAAUCGAAAGAAAAGGAGCAAGUUGCUAGUGGUUGUUUGACAGAGCACGAAGGCAGGUGCUGCUGUUUUGCUCUAUCGCUACAGUAUGGGAGAAAAUCAGGGAAUUGAGCAAGUUCUUGGGAAACUUGUUGAACUGCUUACUGCGAAAAAGAAUGAGGUCUCAUCCUCAGGUAGGGAAAUUGUGCCCUACGCAGAUACAAUUCAGAAAUUAGAAUUGAUGCCAAAUGAUAUCAAAUUGGAGGGCAUCAAGAAUUAUCUGGCUUGGUCUAGGAGGGCAUUGUUGUUGUUGAAGGCAAAAAAACUUGAGGGUUUUGUCAAUGGAGAGAUGAUUGAACCUGAAGAUAAAUCAAGUAAUGAAUGGAAAGCUUGGGAUGCUACUAAUUCUUUGGUGGUUGCAUGGCUAUUAAGCUCGAUGUCACCGACUAUUGCUGGAUCAGUGGAUACUAUUGUGAGUGCUUCAGGGGUAUGGCAGGCUCUAUCUGAGAUGUAUUCAGGCAUUGGGAAUGUGAUGUUAUUAGCUGAUACAGAUGACAGAAUACACCAUCUGAAGCAGGGGGAGCUGUCUUUGAUGAAGUAUGUUGCAGAGUUGAAGCGUUUGUGGGCUGAUUUAGAUCACUAUGAUCCUAUUGAGUUGCCACAUCCCGAGUGUGUGGCAUGGGUGAAGAAGUGGAUAGAGAAAAAAAGAGUUCUUCAGUUCCUAAGAGGUCUAGGCUCAGAAUUUGAGGCAAGACGUGCUGCCAUGUUUCACCAAUCCAACCUUCCUAGCCUAGAGGAAGCCAUAGCUGCUAUGGCACAGGAGGAGACUAGACUUGAGGUAAUGAAAGGUAAUUCUUCACCUCCACCCCGUCCAGCUUUUAUGGUGACAGAAUCCCAGGAGACUAGGACAUGCUAUAACUGUGGUGAGAAGGGUCAUUUGAGUCGUGAUUGUCGCCAACCUUUCAAGCCUAACCGUGGAAGAGGAAGAGGCAGUGAUAGAGGUGGACGAAGGGGUGGUGUGAGCCGUGGUGGAGGAAGAGGUUAUAAAGCUAAUCUUGCUAUGACCGAGGAAAGUGAAUCUAACCUAGUCAUGAUCCCAGCUGCUGAGUUAGAAGAAUUGAGGAAGCUAAAGAAGAAUAAGGAAAAUUCAAGAUCAAAUGAUCAAGGGACAACGACUUCAAAUUCAGAUUGGAUAUUAGAUUCGGGGGCAUCCAGGCAUGUCACAGGUACAUCAAGUGAAUUUGCAUCCUAUAUACCAUACUCAUAUUCUCAUAGUGAGACAAUCCAGACUGCUGAUGGAACAUCUCGACCUAUCAGAGGAAAGGAAGACGGGAAGAAGGCUUGGGACUGGAGUUCGACAUAAUGGACUCUGGUAUCUUGACAGGAGCAAGACAGAUGAAAUUAUAUGUCUUGCUCUGUCAGCUAUUGCAAGUGAAGAGGAGAUUAAGGUAAUG